AUGCGCGCGUCCGUCUUCUUGGAAGGGAUUUUCUUUUCCGUCGCACUUGACGCGAUCACUGCCUUACACGACUACCAGGCACUGCGUCAGCCGACAAUCUAUGAAUCGGACUGCGUGAAGCAAUGGACAAAGCUGAAGCCCAGCGGCUCGGCCGGCGCGUACUCGGAGAUGGAAGACCUGCCGACUGCCAAGAAUGGAACGGGAGAGCUGCAGGUCAAGUUGUCGGUGCAAGUGAAGCGGUUCACGAGCGACUACGUGGACUUUACCACCAGGUCGUACAACGGGCUAUUGCCAGGCCCGGCGAUCAAAGUUUGUCCAGGUGACCGUCUAGUUGUGACUCUCGUGAACUUGUUGGGAGCUGGUACGAACAAUAACACCAACCUGCAUGUGCAUGGGAUGCAUGUGUCGCCAAUGGGGGACGCAGACAAUGUGGCUCCCAUUGUGGAGCCGCGCGGACAGCGCAAGUACGUGUACGACAUUGGCCCCGACCACCCAGCAGGAACGUUUUGGUACCAUUCCCACUCGCAUGGCAAUGUGAACUCGCAGCUCAACGGAAUGAUGGCAGGAGCGCUGAUUGUGGCUGAUCGACCGGCUGAUUUCUCGACAGACUUGGCUGCCAUGGAUGACCUUGUCAUGAUUCUGCAAGCAGUGUGCGUCGAGAACUGUCACAACGUGCACGAUGAUAUUCAGUACGCGAUCGAAAACACACGUAACUCUUCAUCGUCACAAUUGGGGCACGUGGACACGCUGGAUAAAAAGAGCCAAACGCGCACUGUUUGGAUGACCGAUCUCGAAAUUGCGGAAGAUGAUGCAGACGUGCCGCUGAACGAUACGUCGCUUCCUACAGUUUUCGUGAAUGGGCAAUACUUGCCAACGCUGGAUCUCCUGGUCGGUGAAUACAAGCGUUUGCGUUUGAUAAACGCUAUUGCAAACAAUAUCAUCGAGCUCGUGGUAAGUGGCGACAGCAGCUGUGCACUUUAUGUCUUGGCGAUGGACGGUAUAUACUUCAACAAACCGAAGGCAAAGGACGUGGUUGUUAUUCCGCCCGGGGGACGUGCCGACGUAGCCAUCACGUGUGCUGACAGUGGUGAGUUUUACCUCGAGACUGAUUGUGCGAGCUCUCGCAACGAAUUAUUGGGUCGAGUGAACCAGCAUCGUAUACCAUCUCAGCGUAUCGUGACGAUCAAGGUGAGCGAGGAAGACGAAGACUCUGACGCAAGCAAACGCUUCGUAGCCACUACUCUUGUAUCGACGCUGCCAAAGCGACCUUCGUAUAUGGAGAAUACAAUUGGAAGUGCGAACUCCGCAUCGACCAUUGCAGGGCGCAACAAGUACGACUUUGAGUUUUCCGUCUGGAUGGAGAAGGGAAUGAUGAUGUAUGGCGUCAACCACAAGAAGCUCGAUAUGACGUACAUCAAUCACUCAAUGCCUGUCAAUGAGCUGCAAGAAUGGCGGCUUUCAGUCAGAGAUUACAGAAAGCCAGAAAUAUGGUCGUGCGACGCGGAUAGUGGUUCCGCGAAGUCAAGUCAAUGCCGCACGAUGAACCACCCGUUCCAUAUACACUCGACGCAUUUUCAAGUUUCGGAUAUGGACACUGACACAGACCCGGAUGGAGAAAUGUUUGAGGUGGGCGAAUGGCGCGACACACUGCCGCUCUUUCGUGGAAAAGUGUGGAUCCGUUUUACUCCGCGCGACCACAUGGUGGGAAACAUCCUUGCGCAUUGCCACAUGGCUUCCCACGGUGACGCCGGUAUGUCACAACUCGUGAAGGUGUACGCUCGUCCUGAUAAAGGUGAAGAGGGUGAAGGAGGAGGCGAUGCAUCUACUUCUGACAGUGACGAGGACAAAUACGACACGGAAGGUAUGGACGACUCUGCAGAUGCUGCGGAAAUAGACACUACUGACGAAGACGAAGUUGACUCUACGAGUGACGCGGGAGAAGACGACGAAGAAAGUCAGGCAGAGGCCGCGAGCGAGAGCGACGCGGACGAAGGAGGUGGUAGGAACAAGAAUACUAGCGACGAGGUGGAAUAG